CGGGGGGCGGGGAGGGGGGGACCCGCGGGGCGGGGGCGGCGACUGCGCCUGGCGCCGGGGCUCUGGCCGCCUGACAAAACCAUCCCGGCAGCCAGGCGGCGGCGAGUCCCGGCCGCUCCAUCCGGGGCUUCGCGAGAGGGGGAGGGGACGGAAGCCGAGAGGGCGGGCGCAAGGGGAGGGGGCGCUCCGCGUUCCGGUCCCAGUCGCCGGUCCCUGCUGCCCGCCGCGGCCAAGGGCGUCCGGAGCGGGCGGCGGCCGGCGAGCGGUCCCGCGCCGGAGCCCCUCCAGCCGGGCCCGUCAGAUUUUUUAAAAAAUGGAUUUGACCAACCAUGGACUUAUUCUACUGCAGCAGUUAAACGCUCAGCGCGAGUUUGGGUUCCUGUGUGACUGCACGGUUGCAAUCGGCGAUGUGUACUUCAAGGCACACAAAUCAGUUCUUGCUUCAUUCUCCAAUUACUUUAAGAUGUUGUUUGUCCAUCAGACCAGUGAAUGUGUCCGUCUGAAACCCACUGACAUACAGCCUGACAUAUUCAGCUAUCUGCUCCACCUGAUGUACACCGGGAAGAUGGCCCCGCAGCUGAUCGACCCUGUGCGGCUGGAGCAAGGGAUCAAAUUCCUGCACGCAUACCCCCUCAUCCAGGAAGCCAGCCUGGCCAGCCAAGGCACCUUUUCCCAUCCUGAGCAAGUCUUCCCGCUGGCCUCGUCACUGUAUGGCAUUCAAAUCGCAGACCACCAGCUGAGACAAGCCACCAAGAUGAACUUAGUGCCUGAGAAGCUUGUGCGGGAGCCUAGGCCCCAGGCAUCCAGGAUGAGCCAGGAACCGGUGCCCGAGACCUCACAGCUGUCCCAGCUGACAGCAAACCUGGCUCAGGUAAAUCGGACAAACAUGACUCCCGCCGACCCCAUGCAGACCUCGUUGUCACCCGAACUUGUCUCCACACCCGUUCCUCCCCCUCCUCCUGGGGAGGAGACCAACUUGGAGGCCUCUUCCUCAGACGAGCAGCCUUCUUCCCUCACGAUCGCCCACGUGAAGCCAAGCAUCAUGAAGAGAAACGGAAGCUUCCCCAAGUACUAUGCCUGCCACCUGUGCGGCCGGCGAUUCACGCUGCGCAGUAGCCUGCGGGAGCACCUGCAGAUCCACACCGGGGUGCCCUUCACAGCCGGCCCUCCGGGGGAAGGCCGCGGGCCCCUGUCCCUCUGCAGCAAUGCGGCCGACCUGGGCAAGGAUGCCCUGGAAGUGCCCGAGGCGGGGAUGAUCAGCGACAGCGAGCUGCAGCACAUCUCCGACUCCCCCAUCAUCGACGGGCAGCAGCAGUCUGAGACUCCACCGCCCUCAGACAUCGCGGACAUUGACAACCUGGAGCAGGCCGACCAGGAGCGCGAGGUGAAGAGGCGCAAGUACGAGUGCACCAUCUGCGGCCGCAAGUUCAUCCAGAAAAGCCACUGGCGUGAGCACAUGUACAUUCACACGGGCAAGCCCUUCAAGUGCAGCACCUGUGACAAGAGCUUCUGCAGGGCCAAUCAGGCCGCACGCCAUGUGUGCCUCAACCAGAGCAUCGACACCUACACCAUGGUGGACAAGCAGACGCUGGAGCUCUGCACCUUUGAGGAAGGCAGCCAGAUGGACAACAUGCUGGUGCAGGCCAAUAAGCCCUACAAGUGCAACCUCUGCGACAAGACAUUCUCCACCCCCAACGAGGUGGUCAAACACUCCUGCCAGAACCAGAACUCAGACGUGUUUGCCCUGGACGAGGGCCGGUCGGUCCUCCUGGGCAGUGGGGACUCGGAAGUAACUGACUCUGACCAUCCUGUGUUAGCAUCCAUCAAAAAGGAACAGGAAACUGUGUUACUAGACUGAAUGUUAUUUGUCUUUUUAAAAACUGUCAUUUUUACAAAGAAUCUUCUCCCCACCCCCACCCCCACCCGGGACAGUUUCUCUAUGGCAUGAUACAAACGGGCCCCACUCCUUUCCUGUCCCCUUCUCCCUUCUCCAUCCCCAUAAGGCUUUGUGCAUUAGAAACCUGGACUCUAUUUACUUUAAUUCAGGGGAUAUUGGAAGGAUAAUGGUCAGUAGUACUUAUAAAGAAAUAGGUUUUGAGAAGUUUUAGAUUAUUUUAAAAACCUACUUGGAAAUCAUUAAGAGUAUAUAAUAAAAUAACUAGACAAUAAUUUGGUAAGCUGAAAUUAUGACUGUCCCUGGGUAAUAAGUCUUCCUUCUCAAAGAAACAAAGUCAGAAAAUACAGCAUGCUUCUUAGAGAUAAAGCUGGGCUCUGCUAUGCAAAUCUAGAAGGUGUGGGGAAACUUGAAACCCAAGAAAAUGUUUUUAAUGUUUGCCCUCUAGGUGUCUGAUUUCAGAAUGUAUUCUUUGAGAUUAUGUCCAGUUAAGGAAAAUCACUAGAAAUCGACUUGAACAAUGCAGGAGUAAUAAUGUGAUGGCAAUCUUCAUUUCUGGAUGAAACCCGACGGGCUGCGAGUCCCUGUGCGCACGAACAGCGCAUGGAUGCUUGCUCCAGACAGGGCAGUUGGUGCACAGGCCUCCCCCGAUGCUGGACAGGAACAUGCUGGGUUCGGGUUUCUCAUAAGCUGGUGAUGCCAUAGACGGUCCUCCCGAACAGCAAAUGCCAUGCCGCUUCCCAGCAGUCGCCAGCUGCGAGCUUGCGUUGGCGCCAGCCAGCCACCUGUAAAAUCAGUGUGGGCGCUGCAAGGCCGUGGAAAGAUGCAUCUUAACGGGAAGGGUGACUGUAAUGGGUGUAAAAGGUGAUGUUGCUUGGCUUGGUGGUGCCCAUCCAGAACCCCAGCAUGGGAGGAGGGGUGGGGAGUGGAGGCAGGAGAAUUGGGGGUUUGAGGCCAGCCUGGGCUACAUAGAGAGACCUUGUUUUUUGUUUUUUUUUUUUUUUUUUUUAAAUGCAAUGCCCAUAGUUCACUGGUGACAUCUACCAAAACCUCAAAAAUGACAAAGAAAUCAGGAUGAGAAAAUAAUAAUAAUCUAAUUUCUUCUUGGAGGAAAAAGAAACAAAUUGAUUUUGAUGUGUAUUCUCCAAUUUUUGUUAACACCAGAAAUUUUCCCCACUGGCCUAACAGCAUUAAAAGUUGUCCAUUAAUCUUCCCUUGGGCCAAUAAUAAAAUGGUCUCAUAGGAUGCAACAGGAGCCAGAAGCGAGGACUAAGGGGUGAAGGGUGGGGAUAGUGCGUAGCUAUACCGUCCGUGUAUGUUAGAAACUGAAUAUCCCAUCAUCCUCUUAUAUGUAUAGUUGAGUUCUCAGAUUUGUAAGUUUUUAUACAUCCUUUCAUUGAAUAAACAUUUAAUUAAA